AAGUGAAACUAUUUGUUUGGUCAUAGUUUAAGUUACGUUUACACAAUGGGUGCAAUACUAUCAAGAUUUACUUCACGUAAAGAUGAAACAAAUGCCACAACUGAUUCGCGUCCAACUGGAAUACGUAAACGUUUUAGCUGGAGAACUAGUAAAAAACCAGGUGAUGUCUCUAAUACUACAGUAAACAGAUCGAGCACUCUACCUGCAAGGACUAGGCUACAGACAACUGAAGAGGUCCCUGAAAAUCGAAGGCACGGUGACAUCUUUGAUGAAGAAAAGACUGAAUCAAACAGUGUUGCCACUAAACCGCUACAAACUGAUAAUCAUUCACACCAACCUACUGAGCAAUGUGAUCAUCUUGAAGCAGUACGGUCCAAUGAAUCUGCAAUGCAUGAAAUGCCAGAAACAAAGGAUCAGAAACAAAUAGUGGGAAAUGUCCAGUCUUAGCAGACGAAGCUGAAAUCUUGAUAGCCCAUGUUUUACCAAAACAGGAGAAUAGUGAUAAAAUUGAAAAUAUUAUGGAAACAGAAAUAAAGAAUGCAUCAACUCAUGUUGAUACAGAUAUCAAGUUGACCACUACUUUGGAACGUGAUGAGCAAAAUAAGGCCACAGACCACGCUACUUUUGAUGCAGCUAUAAAGCAGCAACAAGAAUUACUUAAGAAUAACAAUGAACUCGGUGAUUCUGCUGGGAAUCAUUUUGAAGAUAAAACACAUUCCUUACAACAUGAACACUCUCGUUUAGAAGCAGCUGAAAUGAUUCAUGAAGAUACGAAAGUAGACGUAAAAAUAGCAGAACAAUGCCUGACAGAAGUCUCUCGUUCAAAAGAAAAUGUCGAAUUCGUAGAUCAAACAACUGAGAAAUAUGAAAAUAUUGAGGAGUUGGAACUAAGCACCGAUGCAAUUGACCGAGAAAUCGAAUCUGCUAUGGACGCUGCAAUUUCUGAAAGUAUUCAGCAUGAGGAAGUGGUGAAAAGUGCAAUAGUGGAAUGUUUUGCUGAACCAAGCAUUGCCUACAAUCCAUCCUCAAAUGAAAGAGUUAUCAUUUCUGCACCUGAUAACUUAAAUGAAAAUGUAAGUGUCACAGAAGCCGAGAAUGAGUUGAUUGAUGAAUCUUCUGAAACUGUUGAAUGUAAAAAUAACAUACCUUAUAUGAUGGUGCAAAAUGUUUUAUCAGAACCCUUAAGUGACAUGGGAGCACAUCAAAAUCUACCCCAUGAUGAAUCACUUCCUAGAUCAGAACAUAUUGAAAGGCAUGCGGAUAAUAGCGUUUUAGAUGCUGGAGAUAACUCAGAUGCCGUAUUACUAAAACAUGCUGGGGAAAACGUACCUCAAGAAGUGACGCAAAAUCAGUUUUUGGAAUGUGUAACUGAUCCUGGUGUAACGUGUGAUCCACUCCAUAGUGAGUCUCCUAUUAUAUCCCAGUCUACAGAAACGAUUAGAGAACAUCAUACCACAGAAGCCAUACUUCCAGAAAAUGAUGAACUGAUGGAUGCUAUACACGAGGAAAUAAUGCAAAACCAGUUGGUGGAAUGUGUAGCUGAUCCUAGUGUAACGUGUGAUCCACUCCAUAGUGAGUCUCCUAUUAUAUCCCAGUCUACAGAAACGAUUAGAGAACAUCAUACCACAGAAGCCAUACUUCCAGAAAAUGAUGAACUGAUGGAUGCUAUACACGAGGAAAUAAUGCAAAACCAGUUGGUAGAAUGUGUAGCUGAUCCUAGUGUAACGUGUGAUCCACUCCAUAGUGAGUCUCCUAUUAUAUCCCAGUCUACAGAAACGAUUAGAGAACAUCAUACCACAGAAGCCAUACUUCCAGAAAAUGAUGAACUGAUGGAUGCUAUACACGAGGAAAUAAUGCAAAACCAGUUGGUGGAAUGUGUAGCUGAUCCUGGUGUAACAUGUGAUCCCAUUAUAUCCAAAGCUACAGGAAAGAUUGGAGGAGUUUACAUUGAACAAACUGAGAGUACUGUACCUGACACACAUCCAGGAAAUACUCCUCAACAAGAUAUGAUGCCUGAAGAGUUGGUUCAGACUGAAGUUUUAACUGAACAAACUGUAGAAUACACUCUACCCGAAAACGAACAACAUAGUGGAGCAAGUGAAGGUAAAAAGGAUGGAAUUGAUAUGAAACUUAAUAAUGACGAUUCUAUCACAGAGAAAAUUCAUAAUGACGAAGGCCUUAACACCGAAAUGACUGAAAAUCUGCUUCAGUCAAGCAUUACUUACGGCGAGUCAACUGAAUAUUUGAAGAGUGAUAUAAACUCAGUUCAUACUGGUAAUGCAAAUCAUGAAAUUAUCGAAAAUGCCGAAGUAAACAACGAGAGUCAUGCCAAUCUUCUACACAAUUUAGAGUCCGAAGAAUUACUUCCCUCAGGCAAUCACCUAGUAACCUCAGAAUCGAUUUUAUUCAACCAUGAUCAAACUAUCUGUAGUAAUUUGGAAAAUACUGAAACAGUUGAAGAUCAUGAGGUUGAGAAAGAAGCCAACUCUUUCGUUCAGUCUAUUUUAAAGAAUGCUCAAGAACACAUACUCAACGAGAAUCAUUUCGAUAAUCAGCUGCAGUCUAAUAGUUUAGUCGACGAGAAUCAUAUCUCAAUCAAUAAUACUUUUCAUAGUGACGAUGUUCAUGAAGAUACUAUUGAUGUAAAGAAAGCGGACUUCAUACAAACUGAAAUUCCAAUGGAACAUGAUCAAACCAACCUAUCUGAAAUGGAUUCUCACCUUUCGAACAAUUCAGAUGAUGUCCAUGUUUCGUAAAUAAGACAGUACUUUCUUCAUGAUGAAUACUUUUUGUAUACAGACAAGCAGAACAAGCAUGUGCAUUCACUAAUUGAAAAUAGAACCCAGUGGAUAAUUAAGUCCCCCCCCCAACCAACCAAUUAAAAUCAUGUAAGUUCAGUGGUUAACUUGUCAUUAUCAUUACUACCACUACUACUAUUCAUAGAACAUUGAUUAUAAGCCAGUCGUUAACAGUCUUACUGCCUUUGUGUAAAAAAAGGAAACAUUCAACUGACCACCGGUCAUUAUCACCCACCAUAUUUUUAUCACUUUCAAUUUGUCUGCCUACUAUUAUACUGUGCUUUUUCGAUGCAUCUUUUUGUUGUCUUUGAAUUUUCAUGAUUUUUUUGUGUACCUUGCCAAUAGAAUAACAAACUGUCUGAGUUUUAUAGGAAGAACUGUUGCUCUCUUUUUUAAGCUUAACUAUUACGAAUAAAAUGAUUAAUCAUUGACUUCGAACCAUAUUUCUCCUUAAUUUUGGUUGACUUUGUCCCCUCAUCUUUCACCCUUAAAAUAAGAAUAUUUGUAAAACAAUAUGAGUAUAUCUCUUCGUUUUAGUUAGCCCAUCUUUUUUGUUGUUACCGUUCAAUGAAUCGUGUUUUCAAAAAAAAAAACUGUCAGCUUUGUUGUGGUAUAACACUUUGUUCUAUUUUUUUAAUCAAUACAAACGCCGUUGUUUAGUUACUACUUCUAAUGAAUGAUUAUUAAUGCCUAUUAUAACAAUUGCAGUGAUUAUAACGAUGCCUAAUGUCUAAUUGUGUACAUAUUAUUGAAAAUGUCGUUGGCGGCACUUGUGUGUUAUGCGUAUGCACUAAACUUGAUGAAUAUAUCGAAGUUAGUACACUUCUGAUGCGUAUUCAACCGACGGAUUGUGGCUCAACACGAGGAUAAUAAUUAUGUUGUUUAAUGUGGUCAUCAUAGUGAAGAUUAUAUCGUACGACUCCUAUUUUCGCUUAGAACAGCCGACUUGUCAAGUUGUAGGCAGAUACAUUCUGCAGUACAUAAAUGACGCUUGUUUAUUUUAGUAAUUUUGAAGUGAAUUGCUUUUUCGGAAUAAUCAGUUAUCUGCAAUACCACCUGCAUGUGUGUGUGUUUGUGUGCAUCAAUUUUAAUUUGCGAAUGAGAUAAAUAUAAAUUUAUGAGUGACUUUU